CACUACAAUAUUUGCAAUUUUUGUAUUACAAUAAAAUAUAUAAAUUAUUGAUCACUUGACCAUUCCCUUCACUGAACCUUUUAAAAUUUAAAAGAAUUUACUAAACUAUGUGAGUAGUUAUUUUUACAACAGUUGCUUUAAAUUGGGUUGAUUUUAACAAGAAAGUCCAUAGGAGCUAGUGUCCAAGUUUGGAUUAUGUCACGUUCGGACGGUGAGGAAAUUUUUCUUACGCAAAACACAUUUUCACAAGAAACCAAUGAUGAUAACUUGGAUUUAUGUAAUUUUUUCUUGGGAUAUGAUACUACUACUACUAGUGAAACAUAUUCAGUUGCAUGUUCUGAUAUUUCUAAAGACGAAGGUUUUUCCAAUCCGAAAUACAGUCUGACGAUGAAUUACUUAUAAAUGUCUCAAAAAUUGAAAGUAAAAGUCAUCAAACCAUCAACUUGAAGAUUUCACGAGCCAAAGACAGAUAAAGAAAUCGAAGAUAUGCAAUCAAAGAAGUUUGCUGACAGUACCAUGAGCAAAAUCAAGUGGGCAACGACCUUAUUCAAACAAUGGAAAUCUACCAGAAAUAUUAGGGCGAAUGAUCCAAAUGUGGGACUUAGUCCAAUUCGCGUAGAUCUGGCUGAAAUGUCGCUUGAUGAAUUGAAUUAUUCCAUUUCCCGCUUUAUUUGUGAAGUUCGUAAAACUGAUGGAACUGAAUAUCCACCAGAUACGCUUUAUUCUCUAGUUAUUUGUUUACAGUUAUACAUGGAUACACUUGGAUAUAAUCAUAAGUUUCUAUCUGAUUCUAGUUUUAUUCAGAUAAAAAAUUCCCUAGAUAAUGUAAUGAAAUUACGAGCAGACGUUCACGUUCCUAAAAAACAGGCCGAAGAAAUUUCUUUGGAGGAGGAAGAAAAGUUAUGGGCAAGCGAUUCAUUAGGAUCUGGUAACGCUCGUCAUUUAUUGAAUACGUUAGUUUAUUUAAUAGGUAUAAACUUUGCAUUAAGAGGUGGCCAGGAACACAGAGAUUUAAAAGGGGGAAAUUCAUCACAGUUUCAAAUAAAUGAAAAAAAUGGUUUAAAGUGUUUGAUUUAUACUGAAGCAAAAUCAAAGGCAGACCAAGGAGGUAUCAAGCAUAAAAACGUUAAAAGAAAAUCUGUGGUGGCAUAUCAAAAUACAGAAAACCAAGCUAGGUGUGUUGUGAAUUUGUUUGAAUUAUAUGCUUCUCACUGUCCACCGUUUCCAAGGAAAGCCGAUGCAUUGUACUUGAGACCUUUGAAAAUUCCAAACGGAAACAUUUGGUAUGCUGAUCAACCAAUUGGUAGACAUAGCCUCGCUAACGUUGUAGCUAGCAUUUGUCAGGAAGCAGGUAUAGGUGGUUACCGCACUAACCACUCGCUUCGAGCUAGGAUGUACGACGCUGGUGUAGAUGAGCAAUUAAUAUGCAAGGUCACGGGUCAUAGAUCGAAUGCUGUAAGAAAUUACAAAAGAACAAAUGAAAAACAGAAAAGGAAAAUCAAUUCCGUUAUCCAAGGACAAACCGAUAGUGAAAACGAUGAUUCCGGAAAGUUCAAAAUAUCCAAAUCUGAUGGCAAUUUGUCAUUUACAUUGAAUAUUUCCAUGACGUGAAGUGUAAUAUUUCAGUAAUUGUUGUGUUUUGAUGUUGGAAAUGUCUGAGUAUAGUAAUAAAUAUGAAGUGCUCCUAUAUUCUUUUUUUUAGUUUCAGUCGUCAUGUCCCCUUAACACCGAUACAACGAACAU